UUCUCCUCACUUGAUGAGGAAGGAACGUGUGGCUGGUAAUGGAAUACGAUGGCAUCUAUGGUCCUACUGUCAAAACAGGUCCUUACGUCAGAAAGAGUUUCGCCAUGGAAGAGAAACAACCGAAUGACAAUCCGAAGAAGCUGAAUCGGAAGAAUCCAUGGGGAAGUCGUUCGUAUGCGGACUUGAUAACCCAGGCCAUUGAAGCCUCACCGGAAAAAAGAUUGACAUUGUCCCAGAUUUAUGAGUGGAUGAUCCGGAACAUACCUUUUUUUAGUGAUCAAGCAGAGAGCAACAGUUCAGCCGGAUGGAAAAAUUCUAUACGUCACAACCUGUCACUUCAUAAAAAAUUCAUGCGAAUCCGAAAUGAUGGCACAGGGAAAAGUUCCUGGUGGACAGUUGAUGAGGCAGCAGGCUCCGGAAGAACACCCAGAAGGAAAGGAACCUACAGGAGAAGAAAAGGCAGAGGAAUGGUAUCUCACAACCCAGUAGAAAAUAGAAGGCGUAGUUUAUUUCCUAAUGGCAUUCCACAAAGAAAUUUAUGGUUAAGAAAAUCAGACGUAUGUUCAUGGAAUAAUUCGCAAUACGCAAAUGACGAAAAUCAGGCAAAUUCUAAUCCGCCGAAACCUUUCAAUUCAGGUGAAAACCUCCCAUCGUUUAGUGCCUUAUACAAUGAUCGAUCUUGGAAAACAAAUUUUCAUUUAUCUACGGGAACACCAUAUCACUCAGAACAGCUUUUCAUUGCUCAGACUUCAUCCUUAAAAACUGAAACCAGUUCAUAUGGUAGCUGUCAUAGUUCCUAUCAAGCAUAUCAUCAACAGCAGGUUAUUUUUCAUAAAGCAUCCUUUAAACCUAUUGGUAAUAAAACAGUAUCAACAGAGUAUUUUAUGAGCCCCCAUCAUCUCAGUGGUAGCUACAUAACUACUGAAGUAGGAAGAAAUAAAAUUGAUUUGGAUAAUGGUAAUUUUUUAAACACUAGUUCAGAAACUUAUUGUUUACCGCCUUCAGAGGAUGAAGUUAUUAGGCAAAUUUUGCAACAGGAUGAAUCCGAUACAUCGAAUGAAGAAAUAGAUUUUCUGUUAAAUAAAGAAAUACAAGAUAAUGCUGUCGAUUUACGCGCAAUUUUGGACGAACUUAGUGAACUGAAAAACUGUGAUAGCAAUUACAGAAAUGUGCAUAAUUCUGUCCUCAACCAACUAACAUCGAUUGAUCUAAAAGACACUCAAAAUGCAAAUCCAAUGGGCAAAAGACAGUCAGGUAUCUUUGAUGAACUGGAUAAAGAACUAGAAAAUAACAUCAAUUCUUCUCACUUUAAUUUAUCAAAUCAAAGAAAAAUAAUGCAUUCCGAUGAAACAGAAAAUACUAGCAUAACAUUUCGAAAUAGCGAUCUUUAUGAUCGCAACUUCAAAUUAAAUCAUACGAAUGAAGGAAAUUUAUUUUCAUUUAGUGAGGAAAACAAAAGUGAGGACGUAUCUAUUCCAUUAAAUGUACAAAACAUGGCAUCUCAUCAAUCGGAUAGCAAUGUAAUCGAAGAAAUUAUCCAGAAAUUAACUUCUCCAUGCUCAGACACUGUUGAUUCCUUUAGCGAGACGGCGGAUACUCCAAAUUACCAAUUAAGUUCUCCAAGUCCUGAAACUAUUACUCAUUCUGAGGAUGAAAAUGGAAAUGCAAAAAUUUUUGCUUUUUCUGGAAAUCGUACAAACCUUCUAUUGAAUCUUAGUGAAAUAUCAUCAGAUUUGUGUCAAGAUGCAAACCAGCCUCCUCAGUUAGAAUUUCCACAAGUUUAUAACAGUGUAGAUAUUGGGAGUAAAACUUCUAUCACAAAUAACACUUCAAAAAGGCAGGCAGUUAUUUCUCAUCAGCCAAAUUCUUCGUGUUUAGAACAAAUAAUUCAAAGAUUAAGUUCCUCGCGGGAAUACCAGAAUGAUUCUACAGAUGAAACCAGAAAAAUUUCAGAAAAUCAAAGACACUCUUUCAAUUCUGAAUCUUCUUCAUCCUCGAUUCAUGAAAAUCAGAACAUAAACCAUUUUCCUUCCCAAGAAUUUCAAAAAAAUGAAGCAUGUCAUGUAGAUGAAGUCUUCAUGGAUACAGAACUUUCAAAGACGCAAUCAUCUGAAAUGGUAUUUAUUAAAAAUGUUAGUGACAAUUCAGAAAUUAAAACUGAAAAUUUCAUUUCAAACAUGCUUGAAGAAUCUUCAACAAAAUUUCAACCUGAUUCAGUAAUGUUGACUCCCCAUGACGUGGAUGCAUAUUUUUCUAGCUGUCAAAAGUUUAAAAGCGCCAAAAUAGCUCGAAACAGAAUUACCAAUGAUCAGAAUUUCAAAGAAGGUGAAAGGCAGUGUCUUAAAUUUUACUCUGACGAUAUUAAACGAGAUAAAUUAUCAAUGGAAAAUCAAAAUAUUCCGGAAUCUCUAUUGCAAAUAUUUUUAAACGCAGAUGGCCAUUCCGAGAAUAUGGAAUCAUCAAACUUGAGUCAAAAUUCAUUUUCUCACAAAACUAUGAAUGGUAACUCUGAUACUAUUGCAGAUGUUAGCAGCUUUACCGAUUUUUUAAAUCCCACUUUAAAGUCUGAACUUUCAACUUUCAAUUCUCUAUCUGACAAAACUUCAUAUAAAUCUCAAGAUGAUAUAUUUCCGUUAAGAGAAAUAAAUAAUUCAUUUUUUCUUGAAAAGUUCAAAAUAGGAGAAGUUCCACCACUGGGUGAGGAAGACAAUACAGCAAAAGGGAAUUUCUUACACAGAGAUGGAGCCCAAAACAUUGAAGAUUCUACCUAUGACAUGGAUCAGUCCAGCUCAGAUAUUGAAAUAUGUGAAAAAUUGAAAAAAUCUUCGAUUGGAAGUUCAUCAAACAUUUCAUCAGGAUUUUGCAGUGCUUUAGAUUCAUUUGACGAAUACGAUGACCCACAUAUGCGCAGAGAAAAUGGCGAUCCUUGUCUCUUAAGUGAAUCAUCAAAUUCCUAUCAAGGCUUUGAAAUCGAUUUACCUCUACUGAAGUUUGAUGAUAAUGCUAAAGACGAGAAUUUUAACUUAGAUUAUUCCUGUAAUCAACCGGAAUCACUAUGUGCUAUUGAUGACUGCCUUUUUGAAUACAUAAGAAACGGAAUUUUACAGGAAGAUAAUAAAUUUUUCGAUUCUUUUAAUUCUGUAGCAUCACAUUCUGAAGCUGAUUCGAAGGAUAUUAACUUUUCUUAAUCCAGAUAAUAAGCUAAAUUUUACAACCAAUCCGAAAUCAGCAAGGUUUUUCAAGUUAAAUCUUUAUUAAAAGAUUCUUAAGGAUUUCGGGGUUUUAUCUGUAUUUUUUACGUUGAUAUUUUUAUCCUCAGCUCUGAAAAAUGUAUUAUAUAAUUAUAUCUAAUAUAAAGGAAUAGCAUAUAGUGUGAAAAGUUCCUAUUUUACAUACCAGACUUAUGUAAAUUACAGUAUAUAUGAAGAUUUUCAUAAAGGAUUUGUGCUUGUAAGUGAAUUGUGACUUUACAAAACACUGCCACUGUGUAAAAGGAAGCAACAGACUUUUAAAAAGGAAAAAAUGUGAGCUUCAUAGAAUAAACGAGCUUAUGAAUAUCUUACCUUUUAUGUUGUCAGAAAAAUCUAGCUCAUUUUGUCUUGAGAGAAUUUUAAAUAAAUGGACUGUGCUUUUUAACUUCUUAGUUUAUGAACUGAAACUAUUUACAAAGCGUUAAUUUUAUUUUGUAGUUUAACCCAAUGCUACAAAAAGACGUGUGCUUGAGAAGAAUGAUAUAACCAUGGUAGAAUUCUGAAAAAACUAUUCACAAUGAAAAUUCAGAUAAAUUUUGAUACACUGUGCAGUGGUGCUCGUAUUUUACUUCUUUUAAUUAGUUAUUAAAAAUAAAAUCACUAAUAAAUAAAAUAGUCAUUUUAGAAUUACAUUUUUGAAGUAGUAGGGGGGAAUUUUCAAUAAAGAAAUUUUAAC